AUGGGUAAGGGUUCCUUCAAGUACGCCUGGGUCUUGGACAAGCUGAAGAGCGAGCGUGAGCGUGGUAUCACCAUCGAUAUCACCCUGUGGAAGUUCGAAACUGGCAAGUACUACUACACCGUCAUUGACGCCCCCGGACAUCGUGACUUCAUCAAGAACAUGAUUACGGGUACCUCCCAGGCCGAUGUCGCUAUGCUUGUCGUGCCCGCUGAGGCUGGUGGUUUCGAGGCUGCCUUCUCGAAGGAAGGUCAGACCCGUGAGCACGCUCUUUUGGCCUUCACCCUUGGUGUCAAGCAGAUCAUUUGCGCCAUCAACAAGAUGGACAAGUGCGACUACAAGGAGGACCGUUACAGCGAAAUCCAGAAGGAAGUUCAGGGUUACCUGAAGAAGGUCGGUUACAACAUCGAGAAGGUGCCUUUCGUGGCCAUCUCCGGUUUCAUGGGUGACAACAUGGUUGAGCGCUCCACCAACAUGCCGUGGUACAAGGGCAAGACCUUGGGUGUGUACAAGAUCGGUGGUAUCGGUACCGUCCCCGUUGGUCGUGUGGAGACUGGUCAGCUCAAGGCCGGUAUGGUCCUCACCUUCGCCCCCAACCCGAUCACUACUGAGUGCAAAUCCGUCGAAAUGCACCACGAAGUUAUCGAUGUUGCCAGCCCUGGUGACAACGUUGGUUUCAACGUGAAGAACGUCUCCACCUCUGACAUCCGCACUGGUCACGUCGCUUCUGACUCCAAGAACGACCCCGCCAAGGCCGCCGUGUCCUUCACCGCCCAGGUCAUCAUCUUGAACCACCCUGGUACCAUCAAGGCCGGUUACUCCCCUGUCGUUGACUGCCACACUGCUCACAUCUCGUGCAAAUUCGACGAGAUCACGAGCCGUAUGGACAAGCGUACCGGUAAGGCCCUUGAGGAGAACCCCAAGACCAUCAAGAACGGUGACGCCGCUAUGGUCGUCCUGAAGCCGUGCAAGCCCAUGGUCGUUGAGGCAUUCACGGAGUACGCUCCCCUUGGUCGUUUCGCCGUGCGUGACAUGAAGCAGACCGUUGCUGUCGGUGUCAUCAAGAGCGUCGAGAAGAAGGAGCCCGGUUCCUCUGCCAAGAUCACCAAGUCAGCCCAGAAGGCCUCCAAGAAGUAA